UUUAUUUAUUAUCUUUAUUUUCGUUCAUCAGUCAGUUUUUUUACUAAAAUAAUAAAAUGAUUCGAUUUAUCGCUUUUUAAAAGACCGUCGUUUUAAGAAAUAAAAAUUAUUUAUUCUAAAAAUAGAUUAAAUAAAAUUUAAAGAAAAUUUUUUAUCGGAAACAGCGGAAUUUUUAUUCAUCGCCUGAAGAUUAGAAGUUUUCUAGUGCUCGCUUGGGUGACUGCAGAAUCUAUUACAGAUCUUGUUCUUUAGUACUGAAGAUAAGUACACUUCACAUAGCACUUACUACGGAAUCUGCACUUAGUAGAAGUACUAUUUUACUUUUCAAAGUACUACGCUUUAUACUUAUCUUUAUCCUAGCACACGCGAGCGCAGAUGGCCAACAUCGCAGUUGCCAGGAUUAAAAGAGAGUUCAAAGAGGUGAUCAAGAGUGAAGAGGUAGCCAAGUGUCACAUCAAGCUAGAGCUGAAGGACGAGAGCUUUACAGAAUUGAGGGGUGAGAUCGCUGGCCCACCCGACACGCCAUACGAGGGUGCCACCUACCUACUCGACAUCAGAAUACCUGAAACAUAUCCAUUCAAUCCGCCUAAAGUCCAGUUUACUACAAAAAUCUGGCACCCAAACAUCAGUUCGGUGACAGGAGCCAUAUGCCUAGAUAUUUUGAAGGACCAAUGGGCGGCGGCUAUGACGUUGCGGACAGUCCUGCUAUCCCUACAGGCUCUCCUGUCGGCGGCCGAACCCGACGACCCGCAAGACGCUGUGGUGGCCAAACAAUUCAAAGAGUCUCCUGACAUUUUCAAAAAGACCGCUCGACAUUGGGCCAAUGUUUAUGCUGGAGGGCCCAAACGAGAAUAUGACCUUGAGCAGAAAGUGGAACAGCUCAAAACAAUGGGCUUCGAAGAACACAGGGCGAGGGCGGCACUGUCCACGCACAACUGGAUGACCGAGAGGGCAAUGGAGCAUUUGCUGAGCUGAAUUAAUUAUGAUUUAUAAUUAUUUAUUAUUAUUAAUAAUUAUUAUUUAUUAUUUUUGUUAUUACUUGUUUACCUAUUACUAUUUUUAUGUUUUCAUUAUUAUUAUUGUGGUCGUUACUAAUUUAUUAUGGAUAGUAAGUGCUCUCGUUGUGAAACAAUUAAAAUGAUAUAAAGAUAAAAAAAAAUUUAGGGUAUUAAACUUGAUGAAACAUCGUUUAUUAUUAUUAUAAUUUUUAUUAUUAUUGCUAUUAUUAAUAUUAUAAUUAUUACUGUAUUUUUAUUCAACUAAAUCAGUUUUUUUUUUUAAAUUUUGCUGCGUGUCCACAUCUUGGCCGAUGUGAUUCUUUUCCUCCUUAUAACCCUGCUAAAAGUUUCAUUAACAAUAGGUUUAUUAUUAUUUAAUUAUUACUCUUAUUAUUAUUUAUUUAUCAUUAUUUUUAUUUAUUAUUAUUAUUAUUUAAUAGUGAUAUGCUAUGGUGUAGUUUUAUCUAUAAAGAAUAAACUAAUCUUUUAUUGAAUCUUUCAAAAAAGUAUCAUCAUCAUCAAUGCCGCCAGUUUGAUCAUAAAAAUAAAAUGAGAUGAAUUAAAAUCAUUAUUAUUAUUAUUAUUAUUGUCAUUUUUAAUAUUUUUUUGCAUGCGUUUGCAGUUAAUGCAUCUUAUUUGGAAUGCACACAAAACUGACUUUUGUUUAUAACUCUAGCUCCUAUAUACAAUAUAUAACCCUACAUUGUGUGUGGUGUGUGUGUGUACCAAAUUUUUGAGAGUAUAUGUAUAUAUAUACCUGUGAUGUGUGUGUAUGAUAUAUGUGUAAACAUGUAUAUCUUGUAUAUCUAUAUGUGAUAUAUAUAUUUAUAUAUACAUGCAUUUGCAACAUAUAUACAUGUAUGUGUGUUUUUGUGUGUGUGUGGUGAGUGUGUGUAUCACAUUUCGUCGGUCAUCUUUCUGUAGUCUUUGCAAUUUUGAAGAGUUCGUUGUUUUGAUAAAUAAUGUUGUGAUGAAAAAAUUAAUUGGCUAAUUAAUUAACUAACCAUUUUAUCUCAUCAGAUAGUUAAAAUUAUUAUUGAUAUAAGGGUUUCUUUCAUUAUUUAAAUUACUUUUUAUUUAAAUUUAAUAUAAUUAACUUGAAAUUCGUAUUUUUAAUUUUACGUUUUACUGGCGUAUAAAACGAAAAGAGAAAUUAAAAAAGGCUUUGCUAUGGUUUUUGUU